AAACGAGCUGUGGGUUUGAUCGGCGUCGCGGUGUUGUAUAGUGUGGAUACAUCUAGAGGACCAGGGUGAGAAAGUAAUCAGUUCAUACCGGAGACUGAGCAACUGUGUGUGUGUGUGUGUGUGUGCGUGUGUUGGGGUUUAAUGUCUGUGCUGAAGAAAAGGCUUCCACGGAGGAGUGUGUGAAUAAACAGUGUUCACGGCGGUUCCCAGUGUAACGCCCUGUUCCCAUUACACCAACACUGAUCCGGUUUCAGAACGGGCCGAUUGAGAAGGAGAGGAGUACGAGCAGCUCGGCAGAGCCGCGUGAUUCCACCGAAAAGCAGCAGAGGACAUUAAGCUGAGGACGGUCUGAGCCGGAGGACAUAAUUCCUAGCGCAUAUUAAUUUCGCAUUGUUUAAAAGCUGACACCUAAGUCAAAAAUCCCAGUGUCACUUGACACCGAGCACAUUUUGGAGUCAUAUUGGUAAUUUUUAUAUAUUUAUUUGAUUGUUUGCGACUCAGUCUUGUUGAGUGUUACGAGAACAAACCCGUAGGACACAGAGGGGAUUUUUUUUUUUUUAGUUUCUCUUUCCGUUGCGUCAACUUUGUUCACUGAGAGUAAUCUGUGUUUCUCAUGUUUCAUGAUAACUACAGAACGAAGGUGCGACACUGACGGGAAUCUUCGAAAAUCUCAUUUGGGACAAAACAGCUUUUUUUUUUUAUUGCCAUCUGAAUUACUCAUUCACUUUCAGUAACAAGCCUGACACUAGAGUCUGUAUUCAGAGACCUUAGAUCCAAAGUCUUCAAGAAAGAAUCUAAAGGAAAUCAGAUCGUUGCUAGGCAAUGGGAUCAGAAAAAGACUCUGAAUCACCUCAUUCGUCUGUCAGUGGCAUUCCCAAUCCUAAAUGUCGUGGUCCGGGGAAAAAACAGGGCAGGAUCUCCUUCGCCAACCUCUUCCACAGCAAACGUGGUUCCAGGAGGAGCAAAGCUAAUUCAGGAACACCUUUAGCACAACAGCACAGCCAGCAGCAGACGCAGCUCCUCCAGCCUCCCACUCCUACCGCCGCCCCCGCGGACCCUCUCACCGCCGAACCGGCCGAGCCUUUAUCCGCCAGCCAGGCCUCUUUGGGAGGGCAGGAUCUUCUCGAGUGCCCGCUGUGUCUGGUGCGCCAGCCACGGGAGCAGUUGGCAGAGCUUCAGGGCUGCAGUCAUCGCUCUUGCCUUUGCUGCCUGCGCCAGUACCUGCGCAUUGAGAUCACAGAGAGCCGGGUGCAGCUCAGCUGCCCAGAGUGUGCCGAGAGGUUGGCGCCCAGGCAGGUGGCACUCAUCCUGGAUGAUGCUGCUCUGCUGGAGAAGUAUGAGGAGUUUCUGUUAAGGCGGUGCCUCGCCUCGGACCCGGACUGCCGCUGGUGUCCGGCUCCAGACUGCGGGUUUGCCGUCAUUGCAUCAGGCUGUGCCAGUUGCCCCAGGCUGGUAUGUCGCAGGGAAGGCUGUGGGGCCGAGUUCUGCUACCACUGCAAGCAGGCCUGGCAUCCGAACCAGACGUGUGACUCGGCCCGGCAGCAGAGAGCACUGUCUCUGAGAGUACACAGCAACCACUCGCCGAGUUACACAGCCGAUCAAGGGCCCACUGAUGAUAUCAAGCCAUGUCCCCGGUGCGGCGCCUACAUCAUCAAGAUGAACGAUGGAAGCUGUAAUCACAUGACCUGCGCUGUGUGUGGUUGCGAGUUCUGCUGGCUGUGCAUGAAGGAAAUCUCUGACCUGCACUACCUCAGUCCAUCAGGUUGUACAUUUUGGGGAAAAAAGCCAUGGAGUCGAAAGAAAAAGAUUCUGUGGCAGCUUGGCACACUGAUCGGUGCACCGGUUGGCAUCACGCUGAUUGCUGGCAUUGCUGUGCCUGCCAUGGUCAUUGGGAUCCCGGUUUAUGUAGGAAGAAAGAUCUACGCUCAUUAUGAGGGGAAGAAAAACUCCCAGCACAGGAGAAACCUGGCCAUUACUGGCGGCGUAGCCUUGUCUAUCAUCACGGCCCCGGUUAUUGCAGCUGUCAGUGUUGGUAUUGGCGUACCGAUCAUGUUGGCAUACGUGUACGGCGUGGUGCCGAUAUCGCUGUGUCGCGGCGGGGGCUGUGGAGUUAGCAGAGGAAAGGGGCGAGGUGUCAGGAUUGACUUUGAUGAAGACGAUGGGCCCAUUACAGUUGCGGAUGCAUGGCGAGCCCUGAAGUCUCCCAGCCUUGGUGAGAGCAGCCUAGAGGGAGCAGCCAGUGGCCUUAGCACUACCUCGCCUAGCGAAGGGUUGUCGGUUGCCCCCGGGGGCCUUGCUGAUUUGCCCCCCUUCAACACACUAGCCGGAGGAGCUCUCGGAGCCCGGACUGGAAAAUACAGCAGGCUGGAGGUUCAAGGCACUGAGAUUGGAAAGGAGGGUGUGCAUCGGGAGACGGGGAGCUUGGGAGCAGCCAGUGAUUGCGCAAGCACUCGAGGCAUGGCAGGAUCCAUUACUUCCUCGUACACGAUACCAGAUAGAGAAGGCACGAACCUGGAGAUUCAAGUGGACAUUGAAACCAAACCCAGCCAUCUGUGCUUAACCAGCGAGGAGGAUCUGGCUCCUCGUGCUUGCGCAAUGGCCGUUGCUGCGGCGGAGGAGCCUCAGGACUGCAGCUCUCGCCGAGGGAGGGUUUUAUCCCGCUCGUCUCUGGGGCUGUCAUCAGGAGGCUCGCUCAGAGAGGGGCUCGGUGACGUGACUCUGGCUCAGCCCGAGAGCAUCCGGAGCGACCUGGAGACGUCCGAUACGCAGUCGGAUGACAUCGCCGAGCUCACGUCAGAGGACUGCGAUUCUCCUCACCCUCCUCCUCCUCAGCCCACCUGUCGAGCCCAGAACUCCACUGAUGGCCUGCACUGCCCUGAUAGCGUCAUCCUUUCUGUGUAAAAAGUACCGGAGAGAUUUGACAGAUUUUUCGUAUUAUUUACCUUUUUUUUUUUUUUUUUUUUUUAAAAAGCUAACGUGCGCUAUGGGGAAUUUGGUGGCAUGGGUCUGCCUGUUGCUCUGUCCAUUUUGCCUAAAUUAUUGACAGGGCUCUACCUCUACAAUUCAUACUGUUAAUCAUUCAUGUACCUACUGGUGCAAAAAAAAAAAAUGCCUUGGCUAUUGAAGCAAAAAAAAAAACAACACCACAAAAACAUUGUGACGAGAAUUCCUGUAAGGAAGGACAAAAAAAAACAAAACAAAAAAAACAGAAAAUAGUAUCAAGCACACGUACAAUAUGUGCGGGAUUCUGGAAAGGGUCUAAUUAUGAACUGUAAUGUGGUUUUUUUUAUGUAUGUUGGGAGUGUGUGUAUAUCAAAUUCUCUUUUAUUUAUAACAAAAGAACCUGAAAAUUGUAUCAUUUGCCGUAUGCAUGUGUAUGUAUGCAUGACCCGCGUUUGUAUAUGAGGAUACAAGUUAGGUAUAGAGUAGUUGCACUGACCAAGUUUGCACAGUGAUAAGAUGUAAAUGGACCUGCACAUGAGUUUUACGUGGACAGAGAAUGAAGUACGGUGAUGGAGGAGAGGCGCUGUUAUGUUAGGAACAAAUACACGAUUAUGGAAAAUAAUCGUCGACGGGGGGAAUCGGGUCGUUUUUCAACCCGAAGUUGAUUAUUUCCCUAUUAAAGGGAAUCCUGAAGUGUUGUAUUCCUCUCAUACCACAGCAUUCUGCCAAUUACAAGUUUUUCGUUUAUUAUAGAAUGACAUACUUUAUAAUUUUUUCCAUUUGUAGUUACAUUUAAUGUUAUGAAACAUCUCAGAAACAAGUUAUUUUGUUUCUGAAAGACUUUGUUGUUUGUGCGAGUUGUUACUGUGAUACGAUGCUGCAUUAGUCAGAGCUCUUUUUGACCAAUCAGAUUUAAGAAUCGAGCAGCGCUGUGGUUUAAAGAAGAUUAAUCAAUUACUUCACAAGCAGACGCUUCCACCUCAAUCAUCGUCUGCCUGCCUUAGAGACACUGCUCUCUCCAUCAUGUCCCUCUAGAGCUUUCCCGCUGACAACACUAUGUGCUUGUGUGUGUGUGUGUGUGUGUGUGUUAUUUUUGAGUUUGUAUAAAUUAAACAGCAUCAACCGUCAAACAGACUACCUGAUGCACUUUUUUUUUUCUUUGGGUAAUAAAGCCUUGUAUUAUUAUUA